ACGAAGAGAUGGGGUAGUUGAUGAAGAGGAAGAAGGAACACUGAUGGGAGAGGAGUCCCAACCACAACGAACCCUAUGGAGCAACGCAGAGAGAACGUGCUUACACCUUCUCCAAUGCAGAACAAAGAGCAUCCCCACGCUUCUCCAAAUCCACGCCUUCAUCCUCCGACACUCUCUCCACAGCAACCUCAACCUCCUCACCGCUUUCGUCACAACUUGUGCCUCCCUCGCCGCCUCCGCCAAGCGCCCUCUCGCAAUCAUUAACCACGCGCGCCGCUUCUUCAAUGCCACCCACACCCGCGACACCUUCCUCUGCAACUCCAUGAUCGCCGCCCACUUCGCCGCUCGCCAGUUUUCGCAACCCUUCACCCUCUUCCGAGACCUUCGCCGCCAAGCACCACCUUUUACGCCCGAUGGGUACACCUUCACCGCGCUCGUGAAGGGUUGCGCGACGCGUGUGGCCACUGGUGAGGGCACGCUGCUUCAUGGGAUGGUUUUGAAAAAUGGGGUUUGCUUUGAUUUGUACGUGGCUACUGCGUUGGUUGAUAUGUAUGUGAAGUUUGGGGUUUUAGGUAGUGCGAGGAAGGUAUUUGAUGAAAUGUCUGUGAGAAGCAAGGUUUCGUGGACUGCUGUUAUCGUGGGCUAUGCGAGGUGUGGGGAUAUGAGUGAGGCUAGGAGGCUUUUUGAUGAGAUGGAGGAUCGGGAUAUUGUGGCUUUUAACGCAAUGAUUGAUGGGUAUGUGAAGAUGGGGUGUGUGGGUUUGGCGAGAGAGUUGUUUAAUGAGAUGAAGGAGAGAAAUGUGGUUUCUUGGACUAGUAUGGUUUCUGGGUAUUGUGGGAAUGGUGAUGUUGAGAAUGCUAAGUUGAUGUUUGAUCUUAUGCCGGAGAAGAAUGUGUUUACUUGGAAUGCCAUGAUUGGGGGGUAUUGCCAGAAUAGAAGGUCUCAUGACGCGUUGGAGUUGUUUCGUGAGAUGCAGACAGCAUCGGUGGAGCCAAAUGAGGUGACUGUUGUGUGUGUUCUUCCUGCUGUGGCUGAUUUGGGUGCUUUGGAUUUGGGGAGAUGGAUUCACAGGUUUGCCCUAAGGAAGAAGCUUGAUAGGUCUGCUCGCAUUGGGACUGCUUUGAUCGAUAUGUAUGCGAAAUGUGGUGAAAUCACAAAAGCAAAAUUGGCUUUUGAGGGGAUGACUGAGAGGGAAACAGCUUCGUGGAAUGCUUUGAUAAAUGGUUUUGCAGUUAAUGGCUGUGUGAAGGAAGCGUUGGAGGUGUUUGCGAGGAUGAUUGAGGAAGGGUUUGGACCAAAUGAGGUGACUAUGAUUGGCGUGUUAUCUGCUUGCAACCAUUGUGGUCUGGUAGAGGAAGGAAGAAGAUGGUUCAAUGCAAUGGAGAGAUUUGGAAUUGCGCCUCAGGUUGAGCAUUAUGGUUGCAUGGUUGACCUUCUUGGAAGGGCUGGAUGCUUGGAUGAGGCUGAAAAUUUGAUUCAGACCAUGCCUUAUGAUGCUAAUGGGAUAAUAUUGAGUUCUUUUCUGUUUGCUUGUGGUUACUUUAAUGAUGUUUUGCGGGCAGAGAGAGUGCUGAAAGAGGUGGUGAAAAUGGAUGAAGACGUUGCAGGAAACUAUGUGAUGUUGAGAAAUCUGUAUGCGACCAGGCAAAGGUGGACAGAUGUGGAAGAUGUUAAACAAAUGAUGAAGAAAAGAGGAACAAGUAAAGAAGUUGCUUGCAGUGUUAUUGAGAUUGGUGGAAGUUUUAUAGAGUUUGCGGCUGGGGAUUACUUGCAUUCACAUCUGGAGGUUAUUCAGUUAACCUUGGGGCAGUUAAGUAAGCACAUGAAAGUUGAAAUAAUCUAAUAAUCUAUUGACAAUGGAAACACAAGAAAGCUGAAAGGAGAGAUCAAAAGUAGUUGAAUGAAAAUUGGAUAAGCCACAGGCUCACAGCACAUGUGUAUUUCAGUGCCCUAAUGCCCCUUCCAAAAUUUGAAGUCCAUUCAGAAUCAGGCUCCUAACUCCAGUAAACGGUAGGGAGAUUGGAACACAACUUUAUUAGAAGGCAACUUUAAAACUUAAAACAUGUAACUGGAAUUGGCGCCCAAAUUUAUGCGUAAAUUGUGGGUCUUCUAUCCUAGAAUUAUGGCUCUUCCCUAAGGUUUUAAACAAUGAUUUGCAACUGCAAUGUCAAGAUUUGUGGGGUUUCUAUGACUGCAUCGUGGCCACAUCAAUCGCAUUUGCUUGUACUUUUGCGAUAUCAAGGAUUGCAACCAAGUUGCAACUACGACAAUUUAAAACCGUCCCCUUCGCUAUGUGCAAUGUUGCAUCUGCACCUCACCAGCGUGAAGCCUUUCUACAUAUAUGUUAAAGUUCUCUCAUUCUAGUUCCCAUGAUUACUCCACUCAGCUUUUUUGCACUGCGAAGGAAAUUUUGCCGAGAAAUAGCACGACAUAUCAAUUGUGGGAUGCUAUUUAAUUUGUGAAUUGUGAUCAGUGACCAGAUAUGACCUUUCACAUGGUUUAUUUGUGAGGGAUGAAUGGUUUGAUUAAUUAUAUUCUGCAGGGAAUUCUUCGGCUGAAUUUCUGUUGUCGAUGUUUUUUAUUCUCGCUAGAAGAUACUAGAGAAAUGUAUUUUAAAGGGAGGAAAACUAGGUACAUGUACAGAUCAGGAAUUCAACCAGAUCACAAUAGGUCCAUUAUCAUAUUUGAUCUUAAGAAGUUUUCUACAA